GAUGUGAUGCUUCCAAGGGGAAUAGUCCCUGAUACAAUCACAUUUAAUUCAAUGAUCGAUGGGUUUUGCAUACAGAAUCGUCUUGAUGCUGCUGAGCACAUGUUUUAUUUGAUGGCUACCAAGGGCUGCUCUCCGAACGUAAUCACUUUCACUACUCUCAUAGACGGAUACUGUGGAGCUAAGAGGGUAGAUGAUGGAAUGGAACUUCUCCAUGAGAUGACUGAAACAGGAUUAGUUGCUGACACAAUUACUUACAACACUCUUAUUCACGGGUUCUGUCACGUGGGCGAUCUUAAUGCUGCUCAAGACCUUUUACAGGAGAUGAUUUCUAGUGGUGUGUGCCCUGAUGUCGUUACUUGUAACACUUUGCUGGACGGUCUCUGCGAUAAUGGGAAACUAAAAGAUGCAUUGGAAAUGUUUAAGGCUAUGCAGAAGAGUAAGAUGGAUCUUGAUGCUAGUCACCCCUUCAAUGAUGUGGAACCUUAUGUUCAAACUUACAAUAUAUUGAUCUGCGGCUUGAUCAAUGAAGGGAAGUUUUUAGAGGCCGAGGAAUUAUACGAGGGAUGCCACACAGAAGUAUAGGCCCAGAUACUACCACCUAUAACUCAGUGAUCGAUGGAUUAUGCAAGCAGAACCGCCU